AUUAUUAAAUAUGCAUUAAUAUAAAAAAAAAGAAAAGACAAAUUUUCAUUUAUUUGAAAAUAUUGAGAAGGCCUCUGCGUUAGCUCAGCACGGUAAGGAAAACCUGUCUAUGGCGCCUGACCUAAAGCUGUUGGAAUUGAAUCCGCCAAUUGAAAGCCAUUGUCAGCAUAAUAGCAUCGAACGUUUUGACGGCAAACAAUUAAGCUAUAAUGAUUUUUUUUGGCAUUUUAUGAACACUAACUGGCCGGUUAUACUAACAGAUGUGUCCAAUAAUUGGGAGUGCCGCAAAAAUUGGUUGCAAUAUUACCAGGGCACAAGUAACGGCAACAGGUAUACUGCAACAAUCAAUUUUAACUACCUUAAGCAGAGGAUAGGCAAUCGCUCCGUACCGGUGGCUAAUUGUAAUAGGGAAUAUUACAACAGUCAUGCUAAGAGCGAAAUGAAAUUUUACGAUUUUCUUAAUUACUGGCAACAGAAAUGCGAACGAGAGAAAGUAGAAAACAGCAAUGUUGAAACAAACACUACCGACAUACUCUACCUCAAAGAUUGGCAUUUAAAGGCUGAAUCACCAGACUACGAUUUUUACGAAGUUCCUAAGCACUUUGCAAGCGAUUGGCUAAAUGAGUAUCUAUUAAGCAACAAAACGGACGAUUAUCGUUUUGUGUAUAUGGGACCAAAAGAUACAUGGACCCCUUUUCACGCUGACGUGUUCGGCUCUUUUAGCUGGUCGACAAAUAUAAUGGGCUGCAAAAAAUGGUUACUUUUACCGAACGGUGAAGAGCUUAAACUUAAGGAUCAUUUAAAUAACUUACCUUUUCGUAUCGAUGAAUCUCUAUUAGAAAAGAAAGGAGUUCAAUAUUUUACCGUAUUACAGACGGAAAAUGAAGCACUUUUUGUACCGAGCGGUUGGUAUCAUCAAGUAUGGAAUCAAUCGGAUACUAUAUCGAUCAAUCAUAAUUGGUUUAAUUCUUGCAAUUUGGAACGUAUUUGGCAUAACUUAGCAGCUGCUAUGCAACAAGUUAUUAAUGAGAUCGAAGAUUGUCGCCAAAUGGAUAAUUUCAAUGAACACUGUCAGACCAUGCUUCGAGCAACUUUUGGCUUAAACUACCUCGAUUUUAUUCAAUUAAUAGAAACUAUUACCGAGCGCCGUUUACAUUGCUGCACCGAAAACGGCAACGAAGAUAAUAGGUCUGCUUUAAACUCCGAUCAAUGCUCAUCGUCUUCCAGGCUUGCUUUUUUUAAUACGCAUACACCCAACGAUUAUCAUAUUAGGCAUGAUUUGCAUUGUAUUCAGCAGUUGAUGAAGAUUAUGCUAGAAGAUCCCGUGAUAUUCGAGAAUCGUACUUUCUUAUACCGACAAUGUGUUCGUUUAAGUGAACUCAUCUCAUCAACGUUGUCAUUAUCGACAUUAAAUUGAAAAUCUAGUCAACUAGUUUACACUUUAAUAG